AUGUACAAAAUCAUUGUUUUGAUCCAAGCUGUUCUUGUUCAGCUUAUAACCAGCCAGUGCGCCUGCAAUGGUGGAAACAACUGGGCUGGAAUUAUCAGUCCUCCCUGCGCAGGAGUUCCCAACUAUGGCGGCUCUUACCAAUACCAAAACGGUCUAGACCUUACUUCUUUAUCCGCAUCGAACACUUGCGGUCUUUCAGUAACCAGCUCCUCGCCAAUGACUCCAGGAAAUCUUGCUAUCACAUCGGAGAAUGUCAUUGAGGGGCCAGUUUCUGUAUAUGGACAGCUACCGUUCUUAAGUGCAGUUGCUUUCGAAGCGGCAGUACCAAGUUACGGAUAUGGUACCGUGGGGUACAAUUGUGGGAAUGGAAACGUCGCUAUUCUAAGUGAGGGGAGCAGUGGUUAUGGUGCUUCAAGUUACAACGGGAUUGGAAGACCAGGGUCCACGUCGGGUUGCCAGUGCGCCUGCAAUGGUGGAAACAACUGGGCUGGAAUUAUCAGUCCUCCCUGCGCAGGAGUUCCCAACUAUGGCGGCUCUUACCAAUACCAAAACGGUCUAGACCUUACUUCUUUAUCCGCAUCGAACACUUGCGGUCUUUCAGUAACCAGCUCCUCGCCAAUGACUCCAGGAAAUCUUGCUAUCACAUCGGAGAAUGUCAUUGAGGGGCCAGUUUCUGUAUAUGGACAGCUACCGUUCUUAAGUGCAGUUGCUUUCGAAGCGGCAGUACCAAGUUACGGAUAUGGUACCGUGGGGUACAAUUGUGGGAAUGGAAACGUCGCUAUUCUAAGUGAGGGGAGCAGUGGUUAUGGUGCUUCAAGUUACAACGGGAUUGGAAGACCAGGGUCCACGUCGGGUUGGUGCGGCUGCUGA